UCCAAAUAAGAUUAUCUUCGCACACACUACUCUGAAUGCUUUCCUAGUACACAAUUCCCCAUCAGAUAGACGCCAGUCGCUACAUUAGCUAUCAUUAAACAUCAGCUUUAUGACCUCGUAUAUAAUAUCUCUCACGGUAAUCGGCUCUGUCCAGAUGAAGCGCCCCAUUUAAGUUCGUCAAACCGGCGAUAUUUUAGAGUUGUUCUAUACUGUGUUUACUUAACUUCAUUUUAGCCUCAAUAGAAGUUUCACGUGAAUCUCAACGGUUCUAUAUUUUUUCGAUACUUGGAUAUUCGGAAUUUCCUGCAAAAAUCCUAAUUAAUUUUACUUGGGAUUAUCUGAUAGAACUGGUUAUGGAAACUUGUGAAAAAGAAAAGGCCUCUCGAAAGGGUUUAGAGGUUGAAAAUCCACCAACAGGAUUUUCGUUUUUUCCUGAGCAUAUAUUCGGUGAAAAUGGCUACUUAAAUUUGUUACGAUAUAUACUUGCAAAUGGCGUUGAACGGAGAGAUCGUACCGACACAGGGACGUUUGGAGUUUUCGGUCCACAGCUUCGCUUUUCUCUUAGGAAUCAUGAAUAUCCUCUACUGACUACAAAAACAGUGUUUUUUCGCGGAAUCGUAGAAGAGCUAUUAUGGUUUAUUCGUGGAUCUACAAAUUCUCGUGAACUGGCGGAAAAAAAUGUACAUUUCUGGGAUGCAAAUGGAUCUCGUGAAUUUUUAGAUGGACUGGGAUUUACUGAGCGUGAAGAAGGUGAUCUUGGUCCAGUUUAUGGUUUCCAAUGGCGUCACAGCGGAGCAGAAUAUGUAGACUGUCAAACCGACUACACUGGUCAAGGUGUUGAUCAACUUGCUGAUGUAAUAAAACUUAUUCGUGAACGCCCUUGGGAUAGGAGGAUUUUGAUUGUGGCUUGGAAUGUUAAAGAUCUACGUAAGAUGGCUCUUCCUCCCUGUCAUUGUCUUGUUCAGUUUUAUGUUGCAAAUGAUGAGUUAAGUUGUCAAUUAUAUCAACGUUCAGGUGAUAUGGGUCUUGGUGUACCGUUCAAUAUUGCAAGUUAUGCUUUACUAACAUGUAUGAUUGCUCAUGUUACUGGUUUAAAACCUGGUGAGUUCGUCCACACAAUUGGCGAUGCGCAUAUUUAUUCAAACCAUCGUGAGGCGUUACUUGAGCAAAUCUUUGAUAGAUAAAAUUUGUUGGUUACAACCAAAUUAACACAAAUCCCUGUUUUCUUUUGACGACGUUUUUCCUUUAGUUACUUAUUUUUCUCUCAGAUAUUCUGAUACUUUACUUUUUACUUUGCUUAUAUUCGUAAUGUCCUUGCAGUUGAACAGUUUUGUCGAUCGUGGUUGUUGAAACAGUUGCCUGUUUUCUAAAAUUGAGUAAGGAGUUAUUGAGCUUUGUGUAUAUGAUGUCUUAAUACUUGACAACUUGGUUUGGGAUUUAUUUUGUAAUAAACUAGAUUAUAUAGAGGAUUUGCUUAUCGGUUGUGAAUGCUCCUCAUACCUUAUACUUCAGUACCGAUCAACGCUUGUCGAUCAAAGGAUAUGUAUAUAUCCUACUUUGUCAUGUAUAUUCUGUUAAGCUAUAGUGUGUGGAAUAAUGGUAUGCAAAAUGUUGAAUAUGGAUUCUACCUAGAAUACGUAUACUUCAGUCAUGGUAAUGUUGAAUGACAUGCAAACAAGAUUCGGUAACGCACCGACUUAAAGAAUGAUAAAAAGACUCAGUUUUUUUAAGCCAUGGAGAAUAU